AGCCAAUCGGCUGACGAGCUGCUCUUCUCGAAAACAUGUCGCCCAUGAAGCUGUGUGUUCCAGGUGACAAGCUAUGCAGUGUAGAAGACUGUAUUCCCGGCACAGGGGUGUACCUGCGGCACGGCUACAUAUAUUCCUCACUAGCAGGCUAUGUGCUCAGAAAAAACGAAGGAGAGGAGUUACCAGUGAUCUCAGUUGUCAGGGAAACAGAAACGCAACUACUACCAGAUGUAGGAGCAAUAGUCACCUGUAAGGUGACUAGCAUCAACCCCAGGUUUGCCAAGGUCCACAUCCUUUAUGUAGGCUCCACACCACUGAAAGACCGCUUCCGAGGGACAAUCAGAAAAGAAGAUGUGCGCGCAACAGAGAAAGACAAGGUGGAGACAUACAAAAGCUUCAGACCUGGCGACAUUGUCCUGGCAAAAGUGAUCUCUCUCGGUGACGUGCAGUCUAACUACCUGUUGACAACAGCAGAGAAUGAACUGGGGGUGGUGGUGGCACACAGUGAAUCAGGGGCCCAGAUGGUUCCCAUCAGCUGGUGUGAGAUGCAGUGCCCACGGACGCACACCAAAGAGUUCCGCAAAGUGGCGCGCGUGCAGCCGGAGUAUCUACAGGCCUGAAACUUGAUUCUUCCACAUGGAACACACAGCUUCCCUCCCUCCUUGUUGUCAAGCCUCCCGACUCUUUCCUGAGAGAAUGACUGGACAACGUGCAUAUCGUUGGCUACUUCUGGUUUCAUGUCUUCCUUAAGUGUUUUUUUUUUUUUUUUUAAAUGGCUUUUCCCUCUGCACAUUGUGUCAUCAUUCGAUUGUGCCAGCUAGAAAAACAAACAGAAGUAGCGCCAGAGCAAAUUGUCAGGACGUAUUCUAAAGGGUGUAGUGACAUUUUAAACUAAAUUCAAUGCAUGUGCCAGGAACCGGGGUUAUUUUAAAGUUGCCUUUAAAUUGCCCGAUGGAAACCUGUUUAGAACUGUCUGACUCAGUUCACUCAGCAUGUCACAUUGCAGCUGCCAAACUUUCUAAGUGACCACUAUGUUGAGAAGCUAAAAGCAUCAGAAUUUUGCACGUAGUGAAGAAAGGUCUUCUUCACAGAUGUGGGAUUCACUCAGUUUUGCUAAGUAUUAUAUAAGAUCAUCAUGUCACUAGAAGGAUGAAGCACGUUGCUGGGUGCAUAAAUAUGAGGCUUGGUUAAGACAAGGUCCAGGCUCCAUCUCAUGUAAAGACAAAAAAACUCAAAAACAUGUUGUAACGAGAGAGGUUGUUGUAAAGGGAGCGGCUUUAUUUGGUCUGAAAUAACGGGGAUAUGACCAAAGAGCGCUGCACUUUGAAACCUCUUUUGUAUGAUGUAACGUGUGGGGCUGUAUGUUUGUUUUUUUGUUUUUUUAAUGCCUUGUCCAUAAAAGUGAUAAAAAGAUUCAUUUAGUUGAAAGACAUUUUAAUCUCCGCAGGCUGGUUUGUUGUAGCUCCUUUCCAACUUUUCCAGUCUUAAGUAAGCUGAUGGACACAAUUUAAAAGGGAAAUUAAUGUGAUUUGGAGCCUAACGUUCAAUCAGAAUUACAACAGCUACCAUGCACGGAAUAUUGAAGUACAACAUGUGAUAGUCAAUUUUUUUUUGUCCAGCACAUUAUCAAAAGUAAAAGCUUAUGAGCCUACAGCAAGCAAGCAGUUCCCAUUUUAUCUUUGAAGUAAAGUGUACUUUGAUUUUUCUUAUUCUUCUUUCACUUUACAGAUGUAAUUCAUGUGCAAGAUUGGAAUAAAAUGACUAUCAAAACCA